AAUAUCAAUUUCUUUCGAUUUUAUUUUGUUGAGGGAGUUUGUGGUAAAAUGUGCUUGUUGUAACAUGCGCCUCGAGUUUUAGCUAAAUGUCACUUAGACCUCUGUUCAUGAAGCGUUAGCUAGCGGCUAACUACAAUGGCGUCUCGACGGAAACAUCUACAAAGAUUCGAUCAUUUUUGCGCAGCUAGCGCUGGUUCCAAAGGCCGCCAGUAAUUUUAAACAUAAUUUAAUGGCCUACUUUGAUAAUUGUUAGAUACCGAACAUUUUUAAGAACCACGCGGUUAUUUUUAGCGGUAUAAACCGGGAACUCAUGUUAAAUCUUCGCUGUGGGGGAGCGGGACGCUGCGCUCGGCGGAAGGAUACGCUGAUGUUUUGGGGGUUCGGCGUGUGGAGGUUAGCGAGGAAGAACAGGUCUGCGUGGGUCCAGAGGAGCAUUCAUCCCGCCUGCUUCUCCCAGGAAAAAAGAACUGAUUAUAAAUAUGGAUUUCGUCAAAGCGGAAGAACGGCAGAUGUCAGAUGUAAUCUGUUUGACAUCGGAAGAUGAUGAGGACGUGAUGUACAUGUCGACGGAGCAGAAAUCUGAACAGAGGGAGACUUCAAUGAAGGAGGAGGAGGUCCAGCUGCAGCAGAUCCAGUGUGUGGAACCAGCAAAAUCUGCUGUGGACAAACUGAUUUCUGGGAAUGAUUUGGUGAAUUUCAUCAGAACAAACUUCUAUGACGAUGUUUACUCAGCAGACCCAAAAGACGUUGCGCAGGCCGUUACAGACAGGCCUUACUGUGUGUACCUGUAUGUAGGGGUGGAGCUGGGUGGAGGACAGAGCACCAGCAUCCUGCUCAUCGGCUACUUUGACGAAAGCUCAUGUGAAAGUGUGGUGAAGCUGCUACACACUCUGCAGAUGAGCACUGACAGCACCGAUCCGCAGCACCCCACUAACAUGGACACAGAUGCCAUGGCGCGUGUUGCUGAUUCCGACGCAUGGCUGCUGGUUGAGGCCCUGAGGAAGUAUGAACUUCCGCUGUCCAACCUCGUGGCGUUCUACUGCAGCACUCCACAGCCGGGCCUCAGCCGGGUGUUUGUGUCCAGGCUCCAGGCUUUCAGCCCAAAGUUCCUGUCCCUCUGCAGCAUCCCUGGGAUAGCAGAGAGAACCUGCCAUGCUGGAAUCAUGGCUUCCUUCAACCACGUGGUGGAUCUGAUUAGAGACAUCCAUCUCCAUUACUCUACCUGCUCUUCCAUUAAUGACAGUCUGAAAGAGGUGUUCGCUGAUGCAGGGCUGUAUAUCCCGCCUCGUCCAGGCUCAGUACAGUGUGUGUUCAUAGCCCACAGCGUGCAGAAGAUGGCCGCCCGUUGGCAGGAUUUGCUGGAGUAUUUUAAGUCCCUGAAGGAGACGGAGACUUCGAACCGGAUCAGGAGCUGGCUGAUGGACGACAUAGUCAGGCUGCAGUUUUUGUUCCUUUCCCACUCUUUGGAACCCCUCAGAGCUCUCCAGGAGCUGCAGCAGUCCAACACAGCAAGCCUGACCAUGGAGCUCCAACAGAUGUCCAUUAUUCUGCACUCCUACACAGCCAGCAUCUACCAAACAUCUGCCGUCGAUCGCUUUCUUUGGAAGCGGGAAUGGGAUCUGCUUCCCAGUGAGCAGCUGCUUCCUGUGGAUGAGGUGAAUGUAGGCUCGCUUGCUUCAGACUUCAUGCGGGCCUUGGGUCCAAGUCUGAGAGAACAGAACAGGAGAAGUUUCCUAAAGGAUGCCCAGACUUUCUAUAAAGUAGCUCUGCAGAGUUUUGUGGAGAGCAUUCCAGGUCCGCUGGGGGACGUGGCUCUGAGGAAUAUUGGACUGGUGCUGAAAAAUCCACAAAGUAUAACUGAAAAAAGUUUUCCCUGGCAAGUGUUGUCAGUGAUGGGUGCUCAGCUGGGUCUCUGCACUGUUGGACCUUCAGAGGUGGAGCUGGCGCACAACUGCUGCCGUUUCAUGAAGCUCACAAGGGAACAGAGCGGGAGUGAUGAAUGUAGCAGCUGGGUAAAGAUUUUAAACAGAAUGAGUACCUGGCCUACUUUACACAAGCUGUUUCUGACCCUGCUGGCCCUGCCCAGCUCCCUGCACCGGACCCAGGUGUUUGCUAAGGCAUACAGGAACAUCAAAAUUCCUCCCAACAGGGAGAAAACUCCCAAAGCCUCACCUCAGGUGGAGAAGUGGCGACAGAGAUCACCCAUCGUCAGGAGGAAACUACCUUCCCUGGAAGGUCUCAGAGAGGUGAGAGAUGAUGGGAGUUCAUCAGAGGAUGACAAGAGUCCUGCAGGGAAGCCUUUAACAUAUAACAAGGUGAAACAUUACGGCAGUGUGGAGGAAACGGACUACACAGACAAUUCUUCAGAUGUGAUCGAUGUUACAGAAGGGUCCAUAAAGUCUUUGACAGGCCAGCUGAUGAUGACAAAAACAAGUGAAAGAUUUAAACAGGGAGAGUUUAUUUUCACUGUGACAAGUGAUGAAGAGGAUCAGAGCUGGGAUUCAACGGCCAAAAUACCGGAUUCUGAAGAGUUUCCAGAAAAAUCCAUUGGGGAGCUGGUCUGGGGUCAGAUAGAGGGCUUCUCCCCGUGGCCCGGCAUCAUUAUUCCCUUCAAAGGACAGGGGCAGCUUCCACAGAAGAGGAUGGUGGAGUGGUACGGACAGAGAAUGUGCUCUCAGGCUAGUGUGGCGUCUCUGAAGCCAUUCGCUGCCUUUAGCCAGUACUUCUGUGCCAACUCGUUUGCAACCCUCGUCACCUACCGAGACGCCAUCCUCUCAUCCCUGCAGGAGGCAGCCCUGCGCUGUGAAAAGCAGUUUUCUCCUUUGCUUCAAGAUGGUGAAGAGCUCCUGAAGCACAUGCUGGACUGGGCGUUUGGAGGCUUUCAGCCCUCUGGUCCAGAUGGACUCAAACCUAAAAAAGGUGUCGUUAAAACACCCACCAGACCAAAGGUGAAGAAGAAACUUUUUGCAAAAACCAACCAAACUUUUACCCCUUCCGACCCAACAAAGAACAAGAGUGAAAACAGCAUUCUGAUGAAACAUGUGUCCAUCUCACUCAACAAACUGUCAUGCAGUCCCAGAGACGCAUCUUCCAGCUCCAAAACCAAUGGGAAUAAUGGACUGGAUUCUCUGGAAAAAAGGUCCAAACCACUGAAUCCAGAGAUGGAGAAGGAAGGAAAGGGAGGAUCCCAGAUGGAGAAUGACAAGUUGAAAGAAGAAUGGGAAAAGAUGAACAGCAGAUGGCAAAGGAAAAAAGGAAAGGGAAGUUUUAGAGGGGGAAAGAGCCUGAAGAAGAGCUACAGCUGGUUUUAUGGAUUAGAUGACGACAUGUCACCAGAUUUUGUACCACAAAAGAAGAGGAACUACACCAGAACGUACAAAGGGGUCAACCAGCCGAGCAGCGAGUACACGCAGCCAGACCAGAAACUCCGAGAGAAGACCAUCAAAACUAUCAUGGACUUACAGCUCAACAUAGAAGACUUCUGUUUGUGUUGUGGGACCAAGGACAUCCAGAUAUCCCACCCCCUCUUCAAAGGCAGCCUCUGCUUGAAGUGCAAAGAUAAUUUCACUGAGACCUUGUAUCGCUAUGAUGAUGAUGGGUACCAGUCCUACUGUACCAUCUGUUGCUAUGGGAUGGAGGUCAUCCUGUGUGGACAUGAUGGCUGCCACAGGUCUUACUGUGAGGACUGUCUGAACAUCCUGGCUGGCCCAGGGACGUUUGACUCUCUGAAGGUCCUGGACCCGUGGAUCUGUUACCUCUGUCAGCCUCACCAGCCACACGGUGCUCUGGUUCCCAGGGAGGACUGGAGAUUUCGCGUUCAGGAGUUAUUUGCCAACAACAGCGCAAUGGAGUUUGAGCCUCACCGUGUCUACCCAUCUAUCCCCACCAAACUGCGCAGACCUCUCCGGGUUCUGUCACUGUUCGACGGCAUCGGGACAGGCUACUUGGUGCUGAAAGAUCUCGGCUUCAAGGUUGAAAAAUAUGUGGCCUCCGAGGUUUGUGAGGAUUCAGUUGCCGUGGCGACCAUUAACCAUGAUGGGAAGAUCAUUCAUGUUGGAGAUGUCCGCUUCAUCACCGAGGAGCUGAUUGAGAAGUGGGGUCCAUUUGACUUGUUGAUUGGCGGCAGCCCCUGCAAUGACCUCUCCAUUGUGAAUCCACUUAGGAAAGGCCUCUAUGAAGGCACUGGCAGACUCUUUUUUGAGUACUACCGCAUCCUGCAGCUGCUGAAGCCCAAAGAGGACGAUCCCCGGCCGUUCUUCUGGCUGUACGAGAACGUGGUCUUCAUGAACACGCACGAUAAAGUCAACAUUUGCCGAUUCCUCGAGUGUAACCCUGUGCUGGUGGAUGCAGUCAAAGUGAGUCCUGCUAACAGAGCUCGAAACUUCUGGGGAAACAUUCCUGGAAUGAGCAGGCCCAUCAUAGCCUCCCAGAAGGAUAAGUUGAACCUACAGGACUGUUUAGAGCUCGGUAGAGAGGCCAGGGUAACCAAAGUGAGAACAAUCACCACCAACCCAAACUCCCUGAAGCAGGGGAAGGAUGUGUCUUUGCUGCCUGUCAUGCAGAAUGGAAGAGAGGACAUCCUCUGGAUCACUGAGCUGGAAAAGAUUUUUGGGUUCCCCAAACAUUACACUGACGCGAGGAACAUGAACCGACAGCAGAGGCAGAAGCUUCUGGGCAAGGCGUGGAGCGUACCGGUCAUUCGUCACCUCUUUGCCCCUCUGAAGGAGUACUUCGCCUGCGAGGAGCUCGCUCCCUUAGCCACGCCCUGCAUGUCCACCUCCAGCUCCUACACCAUCCCUUCGUCACCGAACUCUCCAGACCUGCAGCAGCUGAGAUAGGGGAGCUUGGGCGUGAUUGGAUACCAGUGGGUUCACACCAGGUCCUAGGGGGUUCCAGUGUUAAACCAAAGCUUGUAACGCAGAGAAUGUUGGUUAAUAGUGACUGUGAGGACUUAUAGCUGUGCUCAUGAUUACUGCCUAACGCUGAAUCUAUGAACAUCACUGCGACACCAAUCAGAAACACUUUUGGGGCCUCAAAUAGCAGAUCCUAGCAAAGGGUUUGUGUGGAAUCUGCCUUUGUUGUAAAGACAUAGAGCUGCACAACAUAUUGAAUAAUAGUUUUGAUCAUAAUAUCAGUGUGUGCAGUAUUACAGUUGUUUGUUAGGAUAUUUUAUUUCAGGUGUCUGUUUACACUCAGCUUAUUGGCCAGUUGGAUGGACACUGAAUACCCACACCUGUUCUAUAUGUUUAGUGGAUGAGAAGCUGAGUGAGAGCGUUUGGUGCUUCAUGUUAUGGUAAUGACUGAAGAAUCAGAAAAAUGUGGGUUUAUUGUAAUCGAUACCAUUUCAAGUAAAUAUUUCCUGAUGUCGUGCAGCCCUUAAAAGGCUGUCCCCAAAUAGAGACUGAUAUUACACUGGAGACAUAAAGGCAUCAGUGGGUUUGUAACAUGACGACCACCAUGAUCUGUGUGGAGAAACUGUCUCACUGCACUAGGAUCCUCUGCAAGAACUCACAUUUCCAGACCUGCCUCCCAGUCGCUUCUGUGGCUUUGGAGAACCAGUUCCUCAUGUUUUGUACAACUAGCUUUAAAACCUGGUUUAGCACUGGAACCUCUCCAGCUGACAAGCCCCUAUCAGGGUCAGCUUCGGGAUCCAACCUGCUGUGGAGAAGUAAAACUAGCCAAGCUGUCUGAGCCACACCGUACCGUAGGACAUGAUGAAACACAGCAUCACUGAAGGUUUCAGCCUAAACAGUUUUAUUCUAUUUACAAUGAGCCUGUAAGCCUUCUACACUGGUGGCAGCCCACUUGGUGCUCGCUAUCUUUUAACGAGACCAUCUGCCUAUGUUGUGCAAUUAAUUGUUUAAUUAUGCUGCUGCUGAUAUGCAGUUGUUUUCCUCAGGAAAUGUGUAUGAAUGCAUCUGCAUAGAUUAAACCCUGGUGGGAAUUUAAGGUUUUUAAUACAUGAAACAAACUCAUGGUUGAUGAAAUAUUUUUAGUUUAAUAUCCAGCGGCGCUACAAUACAGAAUGUGAAUUAUUUCCAAGACACAAAACUAGUUCGCUAUUUUCAUUAGAUCGUUGCUGCUGCAGUUGUAGAAAAUGUAAUUUUGAGCAUUGCUUUUCAGAAAUGUGUUAUUUUAAAAGGUUGAUCUGUUUAGUGAUUUAGUGUUUUUUUUUUUUUUUAGGUCUGAUCAUGCUCUAAUAUAUAAAAACAAUCAAUUGAAUCUAGUAAAUCUGCAAUCAUGUGAGUGAAGGAUAAGUAUUGUGUGUCUGUCUGCCCCAUGCAGACGUCUAACCCUGCCGUGCCUUCAGCUCGCUCAAACUGUUUCCUGUAUUCCAAUAACGAUGCUCUCCCAGUCUGCUGCUCUAUUGACUCAUUUUUGGUCGCAGGCUGAGCUGAGAAAAAAUUUAGAAACAUGUUGGAUGGGUGUGAUUGCGUCAUUGCCCAACAUUCAUCCACUUCCUGACGUUCUUCUGCUGUUUGUAGAGUUUUUACAUCAGGCAGGCAGGCAGGAAUUAAAGCUUUAAAUUUAGUUGUCUUCUGAUUUCAUUUACACUGUACGCCGCAUUUCUACCAAAGUUGUGGUCAAAUUCUUCCUAAUCAAGCCACACAUCUUGAUGCACUUUCAUUUUUUUAACUGCAAACUGAAACUUUUGACAGGAAACGAGAAUCGGAAGACAAAAUGCAUUCAGCACAUUUCAUUUAGCAACCUUGGUCAUCUCUGCUGGACAGCAGAAGAUAAUGUUCCAGAUAUUUUUGUCCUGUAGAUCCACUCUGAUGUUUAGGGUUCCGGUAGAUCUAUUAGAUCUAUUUAAUAGCCUUAGUUUUAUCCUGAUAGAACUUACUAGGAUAGAAACCAGCCAUAUCUGGGCUUUUCAAGCUUUAACAAGUCGUUCUUGGUAUUUUAAAUCCACAUUGGACCAAACAUACAGUACAAUUAUUAGUUACUCUUCUUUGAUUGUUUAAUAGCAAGGAAUGAUCCUUUUUUAUUACACCAAUGAUAAAUUUCUAACAAACCACUACAAUUUUAGUUCCUUUUUUUCCUUACGACGACUUUUUAUGGCUGUCAAUGUUGUUAAUAUUAGGCUGUCACUGACAGAACUGCUCUGUUCCUAAUGAGAUUAAAAUGCUGGGACCAGUGUUUACAUUUUAAUUUUCCACUCUUGUUCCUCUUCUGUUUACUGUUAAAAGUCUCUAGCAGUGGGAAUGCGAUCUGUCUCAUUGGUGGAUCUUUACCGACUGUUUUGUGAAACGUGAGCAAAGUUCUUUCAACACUUUUGCACAUUAUCUCAAAGGGAUUUAAAUGCUUGUUGGUCCACAAUUGUCUGUGAAGGUUUAAAUAUCUACAAACACAGAAUAAUGUCCUGUGUUCUGCUCAUUUUAAUCUGCUGUCAUUUUAUCACUGAUGUCCAAAGUGGUGGAAUAAACAAAAUAAAAAAUUUUUAAACUCUG